GACGAUUGUAAACAAAUUGCAGAAGAGGAAGAGGUGGUCACCGUGAUGCCCGUGUUGAAAAGAUAGUAUCCAAAUAUGUAAAAGAUAAGGUAAUGAAUCAGGAUGGCUACAUUUGGAGAUUUUGAAAUCGUUGACAACGACAACGACGACCUCAUCGAGAGACCAAGAGAACAACCCAGGGAAGACAUUGAGAGACAAUCUGCAGACGAAGCAAAAUCAAAUGAAAGAGAUAAUUCAGAAAACUUCCAAUCAAUUGGAGAUUUUGAUUUAGCAGACUUUAUUCUUGAUGAUCUGUCAUUCGAUGUUUGUGAAACCAAACAGCAGUCUGACAGCGGCUCUGAGUUUAGUUUUAUAGAGAUACCUAAAAACCAAGCCAUAGGCACAGCGUUUUCUAAUGAUGAUUAUUCCAGACCAACAACACCUGCUUCGUCAGACUGGAGUCUGUUACAGUGUGGCUUGAUCUCGGACAGUGACACAGAAAGUUUAGAACUGACGAAAAGCACCUCUCCUUCCUCAUCAACAAGUGAAAAUGAAAACCAAAAUGAAAGCAGAUCUUCUUCACAACCGUGUGCAUCAAGCAAGAAGGGGGCUCGCAAAAAAAAGAGAAAAUCUAGAAAUAAAACUGAUCAUAAAUUAAUGUUGGAGCUUUUUGGUGGCCUAAGUGUGGGUGACGUGGAAGAGGACAGUUCGUUGUUGGAAAUACAAACACAAACAGCUAGGUCUGUUCCUACCACGUCAAAUGUCCCAUCCUUGACAGAAAUGUGCAUGAAGAAAAUUCACCUCUAUCGAAAAAGCCAUCUAAUCAAAAGCUUUAUCAAAUCUUCCCAUUUCCCUGUCGGAAUGAAUAAAACAAUUUUGUCUUCAAACUUACAAUAUUCAGUUACAAAAAGUAAUUUUUUAUGGUUAUGUCAAAAUUUAUCAACUGUGGAAAAAAUACUUACAGGAAACAUGAAUCAGUACCCAUUUUAUCAUGGGGAAAACAGAACUGGUAAUGACUUUUAUCGUAUGAGCAGCAUUUGGAAAGAAUUGGAAAAUGUGAAUUCAGUUUUGAUUAAUGCUUGCUUCGACAAAGAUGAUUUAGAAAAUUAUGGACAUCAUAUUAGAGCAGAUGUUCAGUUUUUCAUGGUUUUUGCAACUUUGGUGACUUUCUUGAUGGGAAGUGCCAGGAAGCAUAUUGGAAAAGAUGGAUACCAUAAUAGGAAGAAUAGAAAAUCCAAAAAGAUAUCAAUUAAUGAAGGCAAAAGUGUGGAGUCACUUCAUCAGUUCUUGAAAUCAAGAUAUCCUCAGGCAACCAAGUUAUACUUUAAGAGAAGUCUUCCAUAUGUCUACUGGGCAAGAGGGAAUUUCAAAGGGGCACUACAGGCUUUUGUAGACCUGUAUAAGGGGCCAUCUGCCACAGAAGAGAAGCUGUUUAUAAUUGGAGAAAUCGGGAGACUCUAUGCCAUGAUUUAUCAGUCAGAAAAAGCCAUCAAAAUGUACCAUCUUUUAGGGAAUUGCCUCUUACAGGCUCAUUCCUCGAAGAGUGAUAUCAUAGAAACACAGACUCGGUUACUUAUAACUGACGUACAGAACCAGGGAGUUCUGACAGAAAGCAAGGCAAGAAACCAACCAGUUGUUUGGAACACAGUAUUUAGAUUAUGUCCCUCCAACAGGCGCGAUGAGCUGUAUGUUGAGGCUUCUGAUAUUUUAUUGUGUUUACACUUAGGGAACUUGCAAGGGGACAGGACAGAUGGAAGCAGCUUGGGCUUUGUUAGAGAUGUUUUGCAGGAAUACAGCAAAAAUAACCCCAAAGUUUGGUAUCACCGGGCAUUUUUUAGUGCCAUAAUGGGUCAAUCUCAAGAAUCUGACCACUGUUAUGGAGAAUUUAUCAAAAGUUUUGGAGGACUAGACGGUGAUGAAGAAUACAGACAGAGGGUCCCUGGGCUGAAGAUGGUCGACCUCCUGACAGGCAGGAAGUUGUCCCACCACAACAUGGACGCCCUGCAGCUGGCUGUCCAAAACCCCUUUGAGCCGCUGUUGUCACUGGGCCCUGUCAGAGCUCUGAAGGUGGUUUGGAGAAGACAGUUUCAUCAUGCUCGCGGGAGCUGUAAUAAUGAUAAGGGCUGUAGUGGAUUUGAUCUCUGUAAUCCAGACCUGAAUCUAAGAAUGACAGACGAUGGCCACGUAACAGGAGACUGCUCCAUGGUGUUACCUCCAGUAACAAGCAUCCUACUGAACCCUUACACUGGUUUCCUGAACUUGGAUCGUGAUGGGAAAGAUCUAAAUCCUUGGAAAGCAUUUCCCACCGAAGACAGUCGAAGACCUUUUGAUGACUGGAAUUAUUUACCUAAUGUGAUGGAGAUCUAUCAUAAUGAUUGCAGAAAGAAACAGGAAGACGUCAAAGCUUAUCUCACUGGAAAUUGUUUUUUUAAGAUAUCUAAUAAGACAUAUUGGCCGGGUUAUUAUUGUGAACCCACGACUGACCAGGUUGUUUAUGCUCACUGGAAUGGUCCCAACGGUCAGAGAGCAAAGUUCAGCUUGGUUCAGAAAAUCAAAGACUUCUUGUAUCAGGAAACUGUUGAUAGUCUGAAUAGUAUGAAUUGUGGCCCUGAAGUGGAAAAAGUCAAUAGUCUUCUGACCAAGUGGUACAAACAGGGCCAUCCAGUGGCAAGCGGUGAUGUUGGCAGAGCUCUUAACAUCAUCAAAAGAGACAAAGAGGUGGAUAAAAAGAAAAAGAAACAUAAUGCUCAACCAAAGACAGCAGGAAGACUGUACAUGAAAUUCGUGGAUCCUCCUCAAACUGUGGGAAACAAUGCUUUGCUUACUAUUCAGAUUUAUCAGGAUAUCUAUUAUGUGAUAAUCCAGUGCAAAGACCGGGAUAGCUUUGUAAGUCCGAUAAUAAUGAGACCAAAACAAAAGACUGGAUUUAUGGUGACAUCCCCUAGAUCUGAUUACAUGUACUUCUGUGUGAGGACCACAGACAGCAAAUUGACAAUUUUUGACAGUAAAGGGAAAGAGAUGCAGGAAAUUUUCUUAGGUGUAAAUGUUCCAUUUCACACAAUGACACUUAUUGGAGACAACCUCAUUUUCUUCAAACAAAAAAGGUUGGGUCUUAUGGAGAUAAACAAUGGGUUUACAAGAUAUUCUGAUGACUUCCUAGAAUGCAGUUUGGUUGGAGCUCUAUUGGACAUAGUGAUUCUGAAGAAUGAGUUUGGAAUCAAGUUUGCAGAUGGACGACAGAGUCUCUGUCACCUAAAACCAAUGCAGAUUCGAUUAGAUGGAUCACUUCAACAAAGUUUUCUUCCAUUUAAGAUUAGUGAAAAUGGAGAGCAAUUAAAUGGGAAUUUUGAGCAUGUGGAAGUCUUAUCAGAAGACACGGGAGAGUUGAUAGGAGCCUUUUCUGUUGAUAACAUUCUGGUUCUUUUCACAAUUCAAAACCCACAAGACAGUUGUAUAAGAGAGGUCCUCCUGACAAAAGUCAUAGAACUGCCCGGUUUUCCAACCAAAGUGAAAUUCCUUCAUAAAUCAGUUGGCUUUCUGGUGAACUGGAGCCAGCAUUCCUUGAACCACAAAGUGCCCGGCUACAGAGAGCACCUGUUCCAGUACAGCUACAGUGGUCAGCUACGAGGGGUGCUUCCCUUCCUCUCGCGGUCCCACUCCUCUCUCUGUGUGGUGUACUUGGACGGGGAUGACGAAGUUACCCACACGUACCCCAGCUGUGGACACCAGGGCUGGUACCUGUACGUACAAGAUGGCAGACAGGGGGUGAUGUGUGUAAAGCUGUUCCAGGAAGAUGUUUAAGAAGCCUUCAGACGAACCAAAUUACCAACCAGACAGUGGAGGGUCCCUGGAAAUUACCUGGAUUUUUUGGUACAACAUAAAAUUGACAGCCAGUUUAUAGGAUACACGAGGAAUGGAACUAAAGCAUAAACAACAAAAAUGUUCCUGCUUAUCAGUAUACAAUUUCUAGAUGCAGGGAUGUAGGAAAGAAGUGGGGUAUCUUUUUUAAACCAAUAAUGAUGUGUCAUCAAAUGAUACAAAUGAUAAGUAUUUUUCAAUUCAGAAAGCACACACACACACACACACACACACACAUAUAUAUAUAUAUAUAUAUAUAUAUAUAUAUCUCUGCUGAUCGAAUGACAAACUUUGUGCAAUGACAACUAAAUGUAAAUCAUUUAGAUGAUCAAACAUUUGGAUCAAUGAAAUGGCUUUAAUAAUUAAUAAUCCUUUUUGUGAUAUUUUUGAGAUUUUUUUUACAUUCUGUGAUAUGAAGUGUGAUACCGUUUUAUUACCUCUUAUAUUUUAUACCACUUACUCAUAUUAAACUUAUUUAUUAACAUAACUUGUCUAUUGUCUACUUCAUUGUUUAUGCUGUUCACAUAAAAAGUUAUUACAUGAUGGAAAGACAUUAUUGCAACUUUUAAAUGUUGCUAUUGUACAAUAGUACAAG